GUCAAAUCAGCUUAAAGAGUGGCUGUUAACCACCUAUCGUCUCUUUUCUAAAAAAAAUUAGUUGAUGGUCACCCCAACCCAACUUCUGAAAAAAAUUGAUUAGAGUAAAUUAGAGUAACACUCAGGCAUAAUGACGAACCGUCCUACCGUUAACUCCGGUGACGCCGAGCUCCUCCGGUCCCGUUUCAUCCAAGUUCUCCUCAGCCGUCGUUCCCCUCAUGUUCCCCUAUCUGUGAUACCUGGAAAACCUGUUAGUGAUCCUUUGUAUCAGCAAACUCCUAAGCCAGUGUUUAGUGAGGCGAUGGCUUCUUGCCCUAAAGCGGAUGUCCCCACUUUUAAAGAGUUGCUCCAGGAGGAAAAUUUCUACCUCACAACUGAGGAGGGAGACCAGGGGAAAUUGCCUGUCUUGAUAUUGAGCAUGAAAGAAAUGAAUCAGACGAGAAGGCCAGCUAUUGUAUUUUUGCACAGCACAAGUAAAUGCAAAGAAUGGUUAAGGCCACUGCUUGAGGCAUAUGCUUCUAGGGGAUAUAUAGCUAUAGCCAUUGAUUCUCGUUACCAUGGAGAGCGUGCAAGCAGCAUGACAACCUAUCAAGAUGCCCUUGUAUCAUCGUGGAAGAAAGGCGAUACAAUGCCAUUUAUAUAUGACACGGUGUGGGAUCUGGUAAAACUGGCUGAUUAUCUUACAGAAAGGAAAGAUAUUGACCAGACGAGGAUAGGAAUCACAGGGGAAUCACUUGGUGGUAUGCAUGCUUGGUUUGCUGCCGUAGCUGACAGUCGUUACGCAGUGGUUGUCCCCAUCAUCGGUGUGCAGGGAUUUGGAUGGGCCAUAGAACACGACAAAUGGCAAGCGAGAGUGAACAGUAUCAAGGCUGUCUUUGAAGAAGCCCGGGCUGAUUUAGGCAAGAGUGAGAUUGAUAAGUAUGUGGUGGAGAAGGUGUGGGACAAAAUUGCACCAGGUUUAGCAUCACACUUCGAUUUACCCUACACAUUGCCCAUUAUUUCACCGCGCCCUUUGCUGAUUCUAAAUGGUGAAGAAGAUCCUCGAUGUCCUCUUGCUGGCUUAAAACUUGCAUUGUCGAAAGCUAGCCAAUCUUAUGAAGAUGCCCAUUGUCCUGAUCAUUUUAAGGUGUUAGCCGAACGCGGAAUUGGGCAUCAAAUGACACCUUUCAUGGUAAAAGAAGCAAGUCAUUGGUUUGACAAAUUCCUCAAACCUGUUGACCUCAAAUUUUAAGUUCUCUCGUAAGUCAGUUGGAUUCUGGUGUCUGUAUAAGGUUGUAGUCACUUAAAUGUAAAGAUUAUGCGGCUAUGUAAGGAUUGGUAAUAUUCAUACUUCAGAACCUGUGUUUAUAGUUAAUGAUGAUCUUAUUUUAUGUUUUACCUGAAUUGUCCAAUAUGCAAAUAGAACAGUUACUGACCCAACAAUCGGAAGAUUCCAUUAC